CACACAAGUACAUUAACCUAGAGAAAGAUUUUCACACACACAUACACACACAUACACAUACUCACAGAACACAGAUCUACACCCUGUAAACACACAUACAGCAACACCCUCUGACACCGGCAGACAUCUGAAGUAACCCUUGAGAGAGAGAAAGAGAGGACUCCACUGCCUAGACAUGCUCAGGCGGACAGCUCUCUGGGCUGGCCUGGUGGGACUGUAUGUCAUCGUCACCCUGUGUCCAGCCUCCUGCCAGCUGAGCGAGGAAGACACAGAGACCCUUGUGGAGCUGCACAACAGCUACCGUGGCCAGGUGGUGCCCAAUGCCACCUACAUGCGUAAAGUGGUAAGGGCUGCAUGACUGGGAGGACGGAUAGGUGGUUAUCUCUGCCUGCAUCUCUACCUGUCCGCUGCAGGAUGGGUUCAGUCUGGCCACCUCUGCAUCAUAAUAGGUGGAAAUAAUAUGUUUUAACCCUUUGUGGUGAUGAGCUUCUUGGAUAUUGGGAUUACUACUGUAUGGCUGUUGGGAUUGAUUGAGUUUACCCCUGUUUUGACUGCUGUCACCUGGUGUGGUUACUGGUACUCGUUGCUCUCAUGGGGUUCAUCUGUAUUACAAUUGAUAUUGUUUUGGCGGCAGGUUUCGGAUUUAUAUUUAUUUUUGUGCAAUGCUGCCAGUUGUUCAGUAUUGAACAUGAAAUGGGUGCUUCAGUAACUUAAAAUAUCUGUUAGUAUUCAACUUUAAAACAGUCUUGUAUCAAAACUGAACUCUGCCUGCAUCUACAGUAUCAUAACCAUUGCUUUGACAUGAUAUCAUCAUGUCAUAAAUGACAAAAACCUUUACCACAGAAAAAUCACAGCUUUAGUCACUAAAUCCGAGUGGCGCAGUGGUCUAAGGCACUGCAUCUCAGUGCUUGAGGCGUCACUACAGACGAUUCCAGGCUGUAUCACAAUCGGCCGUGAUUGGGAGUCCCAUAGGUCGGCGCACAAUUGGCCCAGCGUCGUCCGGGUUUGGCCGGUGUAGGUCGUCAUUGUAAAUAAGAAUUUGUUCUUAACUGACUUGCCUAGUUAAAUAAAGGUCAAAUAAAAAAAUAAGAAUAAACAGUGCUGCAGAAGAUGUAUUAAACAUCUUACCCAGUGGUGUAAAAUACUUAAGUAAAACUACUUUAAAGUACUACUUAAGUAGUUUUUUUGGGUAUCUGUACUUUGCUUUUUAUGGUUUUUUUUACAACUUUUACUUUUACUUCACUACAUUCCUAUAGAAAAUAAUGUACUUUUUACUCUAUACAUUUUCCCUGACACACAAAAGUACUUGUUACAUUUUGAAUGCUUAGCAGGAAAGGAAAAUGGUCCAAUUCACACACUUAUCAAGAGAACAUCCCUGGUUAUCUCUACUGCCUCUGAUCUGGUGGACUCACUAAACACAAAUGCUUUCUUUGUAAAUUAUGUCUGAGUGUUAGAGCUAUCCGUAAAUAAAUAAAAACACAAAAAUUGUACCGUCUGGUUUGCUUAAUAUAAGGAAUUUGAAAUUAUUUAUACUUUUGCUUUUACUUUUGAUACUUAAGUAUAUUUUAGCAAUUACAUUUACUUUUGAUACUUAAGUAUAUUUAAAACCAAAUACUUUUACUGAAGUAGUAUUUUACUGGGUGACUUUCACUUUUACUUGAGUCAUUUUCUAUUAAGGUAUCUUUACUUUUACUCAAUGACAAUUGGGUACUUUUCCCACCACCAAUCUUACCAUCCUAUAAAUUUGACAAAAACAGCUCUGCCCCGUGGUUAAAUCAGCAUAUAAAUUACAGACGUAAUCCCAAGACAAAACUUUUGUCGACAUCCAGAGUUAAGUUAAUAACUUUGCUGAUAGAGCCUGUCCGUGCCUCAGUGCAUUUCUGUGCUGAUUCACCCCACCGUGACUGAGUGAGUGGGUGUUCAGAGUUGAGUCUAGCGUUGUGCAAUGCAUGGGAGUGAGUGUGUGUGUGUGAGUGUGCACACUGUGGAAUGUGCACACUAAAGUUGCUAUCUGACAGUCCCAGGGAUAGGUCUCUGCCUGUCUCUGUGUUUCAUGUUCAUGACGGUUUCACUAAACUGGACUGAGAAUGCAGAGUGAAUGGGUUCAUAUCAUUCAUUAAUAUCAUUCAUUCAUAACAUUAAAGCAUUAAUGGCAUUUGAGUGGAAUCAUGAGUCAUCAUGACCAACAAAACCGCAACAUUCUAACAGUUAAACAGUAACUUACUGUUAAGCAUUGCUUCAUCCUUACCUUCUGUGAAUGACAGUUCAUUAGAUGUCCUGGGACAGGAAUGUCUGUUAAACAUCACAGUAAUCAAUUACCUUGAGAAAGACAGAUAAUGUGGAGUAUACAGGAAGAAACAGAACAUACCUAUUUGAAACGAGAAAUUAAUAUAACUUUUUAUUUGUAUUGUUAUGGAAGAUUCAAUGGAAUUUUAAUGGAAGUUUCAAAACAUAGCCAUAUGUCAUUGACUCAUAUAUCACAGGUUUCUACGUCACUACCUGGUGAUCAAUUGAUUGAGUCAGAUUUCAUCUGCAGAGUCACACCCCAUGUGGAAUGUCCUUGAUUUUAUGUGUACAAGACACAGCAUCUAAUGCUGACCAGAUGGUCUGGGGGACGCCUUUGUUUUCUCUGGCUGAAGCAUGGCAAAAAUGUACAGCUCAGAGAGGAGGAGAUCUGAUGUCCUGAGGCUAGGACGCAAGAUGUUGUGGAAUUUCAACUAGUAUCCCCGGCCUCCAACACAAGUCCACUGUUUGUUUAGAGUCAUGGGGUGACUGGACAAAUAAGCUGAACUUCACUUGACUCCACACUGGAUCGCUCUGUCUGGACAGGUCAUGAUACAAAGACAAAACGUGUUCGUACAAUACUCGUACAAUACUGCAUCUCUGCAUUUAUUCAAACCAAUUAUCACCAUAACAUUUGGUGAGCUAAAUCAAGAUCAAGCCUUAUCUGCCAAGUGCAAUCUCAUCCUCUUGCUCAUUACAAUACUUGAAUAGGAAUUGAACUGAAACUAUGUGGGAUAAGUUAACAUUCCUCAACCACUAAUACCUGUAUUACUGAAAGAUUCCUUAUAAGUUCCUUAGUAAAAGUUUGAUUUAAUAAGGAAGGAUCAUAAAAAGGAAUACAGUGCAUUCGGAAAGUAUUCAGACCCGUUGACUUUUGCCACAUUUUGUUACGUUACAGCCUUAUUCAAAAAAAAAUUAUUUUUUUAUCUUCAUCAAUCUACACAUAAUACCCCAUAAUGACAAAGCGAAAACAGGUUUUUAGAAAUGAUUGCAAAAAAUUAAAUAAAAUAAAAAUAAAAACCGAAUUUACAUAAGGAGAUGAUCGUGGACUUCAGGAAACAGCAGAGGGUGCACCCCCCUAUCCACAUCGACAGGACCGCAGUGGAGAAGGUGGAAAGCUUCAAGUUCCUUGGCGUACACAUCACUGACAAACUGAAAUGGUCCACCCACACAGACAGUGUGGUGAAGAAGGCGCAGCAGAGCCUUCAACCUCAGGAGGCUGAAGAAAUUUGGCAUGGCACCUAAAACCCUCACAAACUUUUACAGAUGCAUAAUUGAGAGCAUCCUGUCGGGCUGUAUCACCGCCUGGUAUGGCAACUGCACUGCCCGCAACCGCAGGGCUCUCCAGAGGGUGGUGCGGUCUGUCCAACUCAUUACCGGGGGCAAACUACCCGCCCUCCAGGACACCUACAGCACCCAAUGUCACAGGAAGGCCAAAAAGAUCAUCAAGGACAUCAACCACCCGAGCCACUGCCUGUUCACCCCGCUAUCAUCCAGAAGGCGAGGUCAGUACAGGUGCAUCAAAUAGCCAUCACUAGCACAUUAGAGGCUGCUGCCUAUAGACAUAGACUAGAAAUCACUGGCCACUUUAAGAAAUGGAACACUAGUCACUUUAAUAAUGUUUACAUAUCUUGCAUUACUCAUCUCAUAUGUAUAUAUUGUAUUCUAUAUUAUUCUACUGUAUCUAAGUCCAUGCCACUCUGUCAUUGGUCGUCCAUAUAUGUAUUUUUUCAUAAUUCCAUUCCUUACUUAGAUUUGUGUGUAUUGGGUAUAUGUUGUGAAAUUGUUAGAUAUUACUUGUUAGAUAUUACUGCACUGUCGGCGCUAGAAGCACAAGUAUUUCGCUACACCCGCAAUAACAUCUGCUAAACACGUGUAUGUGACGAAUACACAUUUAUUUUAUUUUAUUCAGACCCUUUGCUAUGAGACUCAAAAUUGAGCUCAGGUGCAUCCUGUUUCGAUUGAUCGUCCUUGAGAUGUUUCUGCAACUUGAUUGGAGUCCACCUGUAAUAAAUUCAAAAGAUUGGACAUGAUUUGGAAAGGCACACGCCUGUCUAAAUAAGGUCCCACAGUUGACAGUGCAUGUCAGAGCAAAAACCAAGCCAUGAGGUUGAAGGAAUUGUCUGUAGAGCUCCGAGACAGGAUUGUGUCGAGGCACAGAUCUGGGGAAGGGUACCAAAAAAGGAGGACGGAUGGAGCAUUCAUCAAACUGUAAAGCAUCACCAGGUAUUCAUAAUGCCCCGUGGUUGUGCUGAAUGCUGUCUUCCACUCAUCCCCCUCUCGGACACGAACCAGGUUGUAAGCACUCCGGAGAUCUAAUUUGGUGAAGAAGCGCGCCCCAUGCAUUGACUCGAUCACCGAAGGAAUGAGGGGGAGACGAUAACUAAAUCGUAUCGUCUCCUUGUUCAGUGAUCGAUAAUCAAUGCAAGGGCGCAAACCGCCGUCUUUCUUCUUCACAAAAAAUUAACUUGAGGAGGCGGGACGUAUAAAUCACUGGCGCAGGGACUCGGUGACGUAUGUCUCCAUAGCCUCCAUUUCAGCCUGUGACGGGAUACACAUGACUCCUGGGAGGCACAGCGUCUACCCGGAGGUUUAUCGCGCAAUCCCCCGCCCGAUGAGGUGGUAACUUGGUCGCCUGCGUUUUGGAAGAUGCGUGCGCCAAAUUGAGGUAUUCGGGGGGAAUGCGCACGGUGGAGGUACUGUCUGGACUCUCCACCGUGGUUGCACCAACGGAAACACAGAGACACCUACCCUGACGCUCUCGCAACCAGCCCGUGAGAACCCUCUGCGGCCAUGAAAAGGUAGGGUUGUGGAGUGCUAACCAAGGAAUACCUAAUACUACAGGGAAAGCAGGAGACUCAAUAAUAAAAAAAAGACUUGCUCGCGAUGAGUCUCGUGGGUAACCAUAGUGACUGGUGCUGUAACUUCCCUAACAAACCCAUACCCUAAUGGUCGACUGUCAAGUGCUCUGAUGGGGAGUGGAAUUGAUAGGGGAACCAAUGAAAUGCCUAGGCUGUGUGAAAAUGACCUGUCCAUAAAAUUCCCAGCUGCGCCUGAAUCGACUAGAGCCUUACACUGGGGAACUACAAUGUAAUCAGGAAAGUGGAAGGGUAGGAUACAGUGCGCAGCAGAGGGCUCUGAACGAGUGUGGUGUUCGAUACCUGGGGUGACGUGAGAGUGCCCUGCCUGCCGCCUCCAGACCCAAAAGAACGCUGACGACAUUGUGCGGUGAAAUGUCCUCUCAUGCCACCAGAGUGACACCGGCGCUGUCGUCCUCCGCUCUCUCGGAUCGCCGCUCCACGCAGCUCCAUCAGCUCGUGAUCCGAGUCGGGAGGGGUUGGAAUGGGCAGAACCCCUCCAGGACAUCCUCUGGCCGCCAGCAGAUUGUCCAAGCAGAUGGUCAUGUCCACCAGUUGAUUGAAGGAUAACAUGGUGUCCCGGCAGGCUAGCUCCCUUUGGACGUCCUCCCGCAGAUGGCACCGGAAGUGGUCGAUGAGGGCCCGCUCGUUCCACUCGGACCCAGCUGCUAAAGUCGGGAACUCCAGGGCGAAGUCCUGCGCGGUGGUGAUCGAAGACAGCCCGAAAGAGGCGAGCAAACUCCCCGUAGUUGUCCAACGCGGCUCAUCCUUCAUUCCAGACCGCGUUGGCCCACUCCAGGGCUUUCCCCGAGAGGCAGGAGAUGAGGGCGGACACCCUCUCCCGCUCCGAUGGGGCCGGGCUGAUCUUGGAAUAGAAGGGUUGGAGGAGGAAUCCCUGGCAGAGAGCAGCUGUCCUGUUGAAAUCCUGUGGUCGGGAUAUCUGGAUCCCUCUGGGUGCUGGGGUGUGGAUGGCUGGAUCCGGUCGCCCAGCUGGUCUCGGCAGAUCGGGUCCUCUCCUCUCCAGGCGUUGGAUGGCCUGGAGAACCCGAUCCAUCGCUUCUCCCAAGCUGGCUAGCAUCGUCAAAUGCUCCUGGACCCGUGCCACGACUCCAGGCAUGCGCUCCUCUCCCGCUGACUCCAUAGCGGGUGGGUGAUUCUGUGAUGAGUGAUUUGAAGGAGUCAGGCGCAGGAGGGUAAAUCACAGAAUAAAGAGUUUAUUCCGGAAUACAGAGUUACACAGAAUAGUGUCAAACAGUCCAGUGCGCAAAACAGGCGCACUGGAACAAAACAGGCACACAGGGAAAAAUAUACCCGGCAAUACAAAAUACACAGAGCUCAACCGAGCUGCUCUCCUCACAUUAAACAAUCACCCACAAGGACAAGGGUGCAGAGGGAACACUUAUACAAGUACUAAUGAGGGGAUAUGAACCAGGUGUGUGUAAUAGACAAGACAAAACAAAUGGAAUGAUGAGAUGUGAUGCGGCAGUGGCUAGAAGGCCGGUGACGACGAACGCCGAAGCCUGCCCGAACAAGGAGAGGAGGCAGCUUCGGAGGAAGUCAUGACAGCAGCACUCCACCAAUCAGGCCUUUAUGGUAGAGUGGCCAGACAGAAGCCACUCCUCAGUAAAAGGCACAUGACAGCCCACUUGGAUUUUGCAAAAAAGCCAGCUAAAGACUAAAGAAACAAGAUUCUCUGGUCUGAUGAAACCUAGAUUGAACUCUUUGGCCUGAAUGCCAAGAGUCACAUCUGGAGGAAACCUGGCACCAUCCCUACGGUGAAGCAUGGUGGUGGCAGCAUCAUGCUGUGGGGAUGUUAUUCAGUGGCAGGGACUGGGAGACUAGUCAGGAUCGAGGGAAAGAUGAACGGAGCAAAGUACAGAGAGAUCCUUGAUGAAAACCUGUUCCGGAGUGCCCAGGACCUCAGACUGGAGCGAAGGUUCACCUUCCAACAGGACAACAUUUACAUUUAGGUCAUUUAGCAGACGACCCUAAGCACACAGUCAAGACAAGGCAGGAGUGGCUUCGGGACAAGUCUUUGAAUGUCCUUGAGUGGCCCAGCCAGAGCCUGGACUUGAACCCGAUCGAACAUCUCUGGAGAGACCUGAAAAUACCUGUGCAUCAACGCUCCCCAUCCAACCUGACAGAGCUUGAGAGGAUCUGCAGAGAAGAAUGGGAGAAACUCCCCAAAUACAAGUGUGCCGAGCUUGUAGCAUCAUACCCAAGAAGACUCGAUGCUGUAAUUGCUGCCAAAGGUGCUUCAAGAAAGUACUGAGUAAAGGCUCAGGGUUAAAAAAAUAAAAUAAUUGCAAACAUUUAUAAAAACCUGUUUUUGUUUUGUCAUUAUGGGGUAUUGUGUGUAGACUGAGGGGAAAAAACAAUUGAAUCAAUUUUAGAAUAAGGCUGUAAUGUAACAAAAAUGUGGAAGACGCUGUAUUUGGUUUACAUGGGAAUGUUGGUGUGACUAAUGUAAUGUAAUGUACAGUAUGGUUUAUGUCUAAAGUUAAAGGGGAUAAAGAUCAUUUUAGACAUAGAUAAUCAUGGUCUGUCUUCCGCCAAUGUUAAUAUAACAAACCCUCCCUUAUUGGUUUGCAAUAUUAACAUUUCAAUAGUGAAGAAGGAAAUUCCUCUUCUUCCAGGCAGUAUUAGAAGGAAAUACCAAUGUCAACUGGUGGGUGUCCGGGUCAGGAAUUGCUCAAAUAUUAGGGUAGUAUACAUUGGCACAAUACAUCAAAUAAAUAAAUAGCUAAAUUCAAAACCAUUAGCAAUAGAGUGUCUGAUCUCCAAACUCCACUGAUGUUUUCAUAAGCAUACCUCUUGUAAUACAAUCUGCUAGUGCUGUGCUAUCUUAUAUCAACCCUGAAUGUUUGGUAUUUAGAUAAGGGUAGAGCUAGGAUCACAGCUGUUGGUUUUAGGAUGCCACUUGCAAAGAUUCAUUUUUCCCUUUUUAGAAUCAGAAUAAUAGGACAGAUGUGAUUUUAGGAUCAAACUUACUUGCAAUGUGGUGGAUAUGCUGAAUAGUAUGAUUAAUUUGAAGUAGUUUGAAGUUGUACACUAUUGAAACACUAAUAUAAGAGAGUGCAUAGCAGGCUACAUACAAAGAGUUCUGUUUUGGUCCUCAAUGUUGGUUAAUAUCUCCCUCUGUCGCUCAUUCUGCAGCACUACAUCUGUACAGAUUACAGGUCGCAUUCAAACAGAUUACUGGUUGUAUAAUACGAUGGUUUGUCUCUUUUUCCCCUUCAGAAAUGGGAUGAGAAGCUGAAGAUCGUAGCUGAGGGCUAUGCUGUGAAGUGUACAUGGGAGCACAACCCGGAUCUAGAGGAGCUGAACACGGGAGAGAACCUGUUUGUGUCCAACGGACCCUUUGACCCCAACAUUGCCAUGGAGAAGUGGUUCCUGGAGCACCUAGACUACGACUACAACAACAACAGCUGCCAGGAUGACAAGAUGUGUGGACACUACACUCAGGUGAGUGACACAGGGAGAUACUAGUUACUUAUAAGAAUACACUUCUUAUAACACAUUACUAUAACUGUGACAGGUUGAAUAUUCCUUUAUGUCUUUACUCCUGUGUGUAUAAUCCCUGUGAUGGUGGGUGAAUAUGAUGGUGAUGAUGAUGAUGGUGAUGGUGCUGUUGAUGGUGAUGAUUGUGAUGAUGGUGAUGAGGAUGGUGAUGAUGAUGAUAUUGAUGAUGAUGAUGAUGAUGGUGAUGAGGAUGGUGAUGAUGAUGAUGGUAAUGAGGAUAGUGAUGAUGGUGAUGGUGAUGAUGACGAUUAUGAUGAAGAUGAAGACGUUGUAACAAGACUGCUGGGGAUGUUUCAGAUGGUGUGGGCGGACUCUCACUCUGUGGGCUGUGCUACUCAUCGCUGUGAUACCAUGGAGGGGCUGUCUUUUGAGAAAGUCACCUUCUUAGUCUGCAAUUAUUACCCAGCGUAAGUAUGUUACCAGAGAACAUGGACUGAAUUCCACAUUUAUCUCCUAUUUCUACACUUACACGUUCAGUUAACAUAAUCAAUCCUUACUAUUGCAUUUCACUGAUUGCGUUAGGGUUAGGGUUAGCAUUACAGCUGAAGAGACAUUGUAAUACCAUUCUGGGGUUAGGGUUAGGGUCAGGGUUAGGGUUGGUCCCUGACUAACAGCCCUGACGGAGUGACCACUGACCUAUGUUAUUUGCAUUUCAGAGGUAACUUUAAUGAUGAGAAACCCUAUGAGGAAGGUGAAAGGUGCUCCAAGUGUCCAGACAACCUGCCGCGAUGUGAUCAGAACCUCUGUGGUAUGAAUUCAGCACAUGUCAAUCACGCAACUCUGCCCGCAACUCCACCUGCAUGCCCCCCCCUCCCUCCCCCACAUAUAUUUUACCUCAUUAUCUCGCUCCAGUGUCUUGGAAAACACACAGAUGUCAAAUCUCAUCCUCUCCAACCUGACCUCAGUGUCGAGCCAAUUGUGGUUGAUCAUGAUAUCCCCUCUUUGCGAAUAUUGAUUGGGCUAGGGACCCUGUAAUCAGUUUCUAAGACAUAGCUUUAGAUUUGUCAUCAUUGUUUUCCCCAGUGCCUGAUGCCUCUGAGCCUUCGGAGGAGCCUGAUACAGAGAAGGAGACAACGGACAGCUCUCCCCCAGGCACUGAUGAGCCCUCCACCGCCACCUCCACCGCCACCGCCACCAAGGACACAGAGCUGGAAUCAACACAACCAGACCACUCAUCAGCCCCUAAGCCAACCAUGGCUGACAGAGAUGAGACAGGCACAGAGCCUGGGGAUGAGGAGGAGGAGGGGGAGGAGGAGGAGGGGAAGGAGGAGGUGGGGAAAGGAGGAGGGGAAGGAGGAGGAGGGGAAGGAGGUGGGGAGGAGAGUGGCGAGGAGGACUGCCAGUCUCUUCUUCCGAGGUGGGGCGGUGCCGGUAGGGUAGUGUGGGAAGGAGGAGGAGUGGGAGGGGGAGGAAAGAGCAACAAAGAGGGAGAAGGAGAGUACUAUGGAAGAACCUCGGGCCAAUGCAGGAAGUGUCUCUACAUCCCUACUUCUGGUCACCAGCUUGAUGCCUUUAAUCUCACUGGG